CUGCUCGAGGCAUACAAUAAUGUAAUUGAAGAGUUCGAGAAGAGAUUUGGAAUGCUUUCCGAUGUUCAGAUUAGGACGCAGCUGAAGAUCCGACAAGUCACUGGAUUACGAGACGGAGUAGGCGUUCAGUUCCUCAUUUUCUUCCCAAACUGACAACCUAGAUCUCAACAGUGACGAACGUCGAAGACAGCCAAACGGCAUUGAGGGAUAGCAAAACAACGAUCAAGCAGGGCAACAAUAUCCGAAUACUAACAUACAUCACGAUCGCAUAUCUGCCACUUGGCUUCGUUACCGCUCUCUUUUCCGCCCAAUACUUAAAAUUCAUGGAGAACGCCAACACAACUACCUUCGCGAUUCUAGUCGUGAUCUUCGUCCUCGGGACCUAUGCGCUAGCUCUAAGCCUCGAAAGCAUCAUCGACUCCUUCUCGAAAAUCGCAGACCGACGAGAAAGGAUGCGCUCUACGCAGAGUUCGACAAGCAAGUCAACUCAGAAGGACCAAGAAACACCUUCUGUUGAUUCGAGUACGAGUUUGAAAUGGUUCGGAUUGCGAAAACGACAUCGUGCUCGCGAGGACGACCAAGUUGCUGAGAAGAUUUCUUUUGCUGCUUAAUGAUGAUUUCUUUUCUUUUCGUAUAUAUAUACGUAUAUAAAUAAUAUAAUAUUUGAGCAUGU